CUGAAAUCCUAAACGCCAUUCUCCCGAACGGUGCACAAUGUUGGUAACACAAGGGAUGCCUCGGGAAACUAGCAACUGACACCUGUCUCUUAGCCAUUAUCUUCCAAUGGGCUGACAUCGGAGAGCAAAAAUGUUUUUGAAGGACAUACCCCGGGACGCCCUGAUGCGACCUUUAACCCGGAACGAGGUGGUGGGGAUGAUAGUGCGUCUGACCAUAUUUGGAGCGGCCACUUAUUUCAGCAUCAAAUGGGUGGUGGAAGCCCUGGACCCCACACACAAGCAAAAGCUACAAGCAAAGAAAAGGGCUGAGCAGCUGAUGAAGCAGAUCGGAGUGGAAGGGGUGAAGCUGACAGAGUAUGAGAUGAACAUUGCUUCACACCUGGUAGAUCCACGCGGCAUGAAGGUCACUUGGAGGGACAUUGCAGGACUGGAUGAGGUCAUCACGGAGUUGCAGGACACGGUUAUCCUACCCUUUCAGAAGCGACACCUGUUCGCUGGCUCCAAGCUCUUCCAGCCUCCCAAAGGGGUGCUACUGUAUGGGCCUCCAGGCUGUGGAAAAACCCUGAUUGCCAAGGCAACAGCCAAGGCUUCAGGCUGCCAGUUCAUCAACCUGCAGGCCUCCACUUUGACGGAUAAGUGGUACGGAGAAUCGCAGAAGCUCACGGCUGCUGUCUUCUCAUUAGCCGUCAAGAUCCAACCUUGCAUCAUCUUCGUUGAUGAGAUUGACUCAUUCCUACGCAACCGCUCCAGUUUGGACCAUGAGGCCACAGCCAUGAUGAAGGCCCAGUUUAUGAGCCUGUGGGAUGGCCUGGAGACGGGAGACAGCCAGGUUAUGGUGAUGGGAGCCACCAACAGACCUCAGGAUGUGGACCCAGCCAUAUUGCGGAGGAUGCCCACUGCUUUUCAGAUCAGCCUUCCAAACGUGAAGCAAAGACAAGACAUCCUGAAGUUGAUUCUAGCAGGAGAGAAUCUCAGCAAUGCCAUCAACCUGAAGGAGAUCGCAGAGAAGACGGAGGGUUACUCGGGCAGCGACCUGCGGGAGCUGUGCCGUGACGCUGCCAUGUACCGGGUGCGCGACUACGUGCGCAAACAGCAGAUGAAGCAGAUCGCGCAACAGCUGCAGGAGAGUGACGAGGACGAGAGGCCGGUGGACGAGGACCGGUUGAGGCCCGUGACCCAGCUGGACCUGCUGUUCGGCCUGGACAAGAUGAAGGAGUCCAAGCAAGCCACUGUGUGCCACAGCUCCCUAAAGGAGGUGCCCCUGGAUUAACCAGCACCCACCUGCCCCUCUCUCACCUCACUGCCCCUCCUCUGCUCCCAGCACUCCGACGGCACUGCCCUUGGGACCUGUGGUCAGAGACAGGAAGUGACAUCGGCACAGGUGGAUUAAUCAGAGCUCCUGGCUUCUGUGAGACCGAUGUCCUUCUGUUUAUAGAGGCAAGGCAGCUUCUGAGAGAAGCGGGGGAUGGCUCUGUCUAAGUGUUGUCAAUGUUAGUAUGAAAUGCGCUGGCAGUCAGACAGUAUUACUGCAUGUAGAAAUGUAUACCAUUCCUAAUUACCUUUUACCUCUGUUGCAUAAUUCUUUUGAAGCUCCUCAUGUAUUAACAUAGGUAGAAGGUGUUGGAGGCACAGAAUGAACACGGUAACAUCCUUUGUCAUUGAGCCGACAGUAUUAAUGCAUGGUUUGAAGGGGUUUUGAACUGAGCACCAGUCUUACAUGUCAUUGAAAAUUUCUGGGACCAAAUUACAGCAAAGGUAGAACUAUACUCUGUGGAAUUUGCAAGAGCUUUGGACUGCUGGUUAUCAUGACAUAGGAAUCCUGCCAGCUAUCUUAAAGGAUAAUGGAGAUCUAAGUCUAAAUAUUUAACAAAUUAUUUGUUGUGUGUUUGAUAUCACUAAGGACCGUAAGGAAAACUUCCAUUAUCAAGCAAUAACUUUCAGAUGUGUAGUUCUGUCUGACUGCUAGUGUAGUAGACAGGUAGUGCACUGCUUGUGUAGUUCACAUUUAGUACAUGUAUGUUUUCCCCUCAGCUUCAAGUUGCUGAAUGUGUCUCAGAUUGCAUCAGCAAUCAGGCAUCACUUGAACUGUGAACUCACAUUGGACAAGCAAUGCUGUCAGUGGAUAGUUAUCUGCAUGUCUGCUUAAUAGACUAGAAAUGGAAGCCUUGUUCUGUUGCAUCAAAAGUCAAAACUACGGGUAGCAUACCAAACGGGAGAAUGACUUUUUUUUUAAAUGAAAACCAGACCAGUCUCUGUGAAUGUAUUUGCUUUAAACUGAAUUAAUCACUGCUCAUUUCAUUGCAUUCUGUCAUCUCUAUUUUGUGCUGUAGAUAAACCAUGUUUUCUCAAGAUGGGAUAAGGUUAUAUCAUCAGUGUUGAAUCUUAAAGCGGUCUGCUAUAACUGCUGUUACCUCUUUUCCAUAUCAGUUCUUCUAUUCCAGGAAUCCAAAUACAUUUCUGUUUAUCUUGAGCAGCGACCAAGCAAAUUGCUCAUUCUUGCCCAUUUGCUUCAGUUUUUUGAACUUGCUUAGUAUAGGUUGUUAAGGAAAUAAUACUCUGGGGAAAUAUUUGACUGGACUUAGCAAGCAUUUGUAAAUCAACCUAAAUCCCUUUCCAUGGAGGUUUGUUUCAAAUACUUUCAAAGAUGUCCUGACUCUUUACAGAAACCUCAAGGUGAAUUAAAAACUUAACUAUUUGGAUAUUAAAUUUGAUCUAAUAUUUUUAAGAACAGCCCAAUGUGACCUUUGAGCCUAACAUCGCCAGCACAGUCAUGUCUUACACUUGGGCAUCAUUUUAAGACUGCAGGAAAUGCUAUGUGAGCUAUCUUUUUUUUUGUUAGCCUUUGCAUUCUCACUGAUGCCAAGAACCUUAUUAUAGCCGUGAGAAAGGGCAGACAUCAAUUAGCUCUGUGUAGAUGUUAUCAGAACUGCUCUGCCUGUCUGUCUCCAUGGAGACCAUUGGUACAUUCUCAAACCCCAAUCCCAGCCAAUGUCAUUUUGCCAUCUGGAAAAAUGUGAGACGAUGACAAGCUGGCCUGGCCAGCAUAUAGGCAUAGCCUCAAUGGCUGUUUGUCACCCUCCAACACACAAGCUGGCUCUGUAGGUGUGAAUUGGCCCAGCCUGGCCCUCUCUUCCUCCGCUGCAGUGAUAUUAAAUGGGUGCUGUGCUUCCAGAGAUGAUUGCUUCGUAGGUGUUUGGCCUGAAAAACAACAGCAGGUGUCACUGUUGUUCCACUCUGAGCUGUGAAAGUGAACCGUGAACGGCCAUGGUAUUGGCAGCUUUUUAUCAGUUGUCGCAAGCAUGCAUGUCUCCUGUGGUUUUCAGUUUAAGCAAUUUAAAAGAUGGUCAGUCUUGGCUGUUUAGUUGGGAGCAAAGAGAAAAUAUGUUGUAUUUAUUUUUUUAAGCACUGCAUUCUUUCAACACUCCCGGCCUUUCCUGUAGUCGCUCAGAGAAAGUAACAUUGUUGUGGCAUAUUGUCCUUUUUAAAGUCCAGUCUGUCUUCAGUAAAAGACACUGAAUAGGUAUGAAACCUCAGUAACCUGAUUUAUUUACAGCACAGAGGUCUGAAUGUCCCUGAGUUUGGUUAUCAAGCAGUUUAUACAGUGAAGCAGUAGGCCUAACAUUAUUGUGUGGCUUGAGCUGAAUAAAUCCACCCUUUAUUGCCUGAAUUUUGGGGCUUCUUUGACAUUUGUCAGUAUUUCUCCAACAAUUUAUUGCAUGGGCCUUAGUUUUGGGCUGAAAACCUGCAUAGCAUUUCCUGUGUCACAGUUCCGCCCCUUGUGAUUGAAUUGUUUUGGUUUGUUUCGGCUUGUGGUAACAGUCUGGACUCAGUGUAAAAUCCCAACGUCUAACAUCCCAGGUGCCUACCUGCCACUUUCCCCUAAUUGCCUCCCAUAAGCACAGAGAUGGCUGGGUCUAGUUUAAAAAAACAUUACUGUUACAUAAAUUUCCAGUGAAGUGUUACUUCACUGUCCUCCCUGUUUGACUGAAAUGAUUUUUCUGAAUGUUUUUUUAUUUUAGGCACUUGAACAUUUUUAAUGCUACUCAUAGUAAGUGGUGAUAAUGCAUAUAAUAUAUGGCUGUACUGAAUGGAGUCACCCAUGCUGGCAUUUUGUAUUUAGUACUUACAAAACCUUGUGGUCACUUGGAGCACCGUUGAUAUCACAAGAAUUAUGUGGGCAAUGGAGAGUUUUUUAAAGUAGGUUUAGUGUGUUUUUUGAGUUGCAUUUUUUUUUAUUCUCAGAGCUAAUCAGGAGGGUUUUCUUAGGAUGUCAUCAUUGACUGGUACUGACGCCCAGAUGUGUCCGUGUAGCUCUGCAUCCUGUAAAUACUUGUAAAUGUGUCACACAGGUUCUAUGCUCUGUAAACUGUAGAGAGUUAGGUACAUUCAUUUUGUCUUUUGAAUAAAUAGUCUGAAACACCUUAUUGGUUACUAUUGUAUUGUUUGAGGCAGGUAACUCACAAGUCUUAAUUGUGUUAUACGACGCUUAUGGUGGAGGACAAUAAAUUCAUUCAUUAAUGAGUGAAAGUCCUCUGGCAUACAGCGAGGGGCUGUCGAAUAUAGAAAUAUGAGUCAUUCUCCUGGACAUGACAACAGACUGACAACUAGAAUGGUAGUUAUAGCCAAAGCUUUUUGGAUUUAUCCUUCAGUUUAGGUUAUUAUUAGUUAAUAACGUUAUGGUGCUCUCACAUGCUCAGUCGUAUCAAUCUUCAGAAGAGAUCAAAUGCAGACCAGACCCUCCAGAUCAUCUGGUUUCUAACUCCAUUUUCACAGUCAAAGUCAGCACGAGUCAUUUCUUUGACUUGCUUUUCUCAGCAUAUUCCAGCAGGCAAUCUUGUUUAUCGAUUCUGCGCUCUUUUUUUUUUUUUUUAAAUCGGCGUCAUGCUAGUCUUGCCCCACUGAUUUGUGACAGGGACUUGGGAGUGCGGUGCACUCACAUGAUGCAUGUAAUCUUGCAGAAUUAUCUUUGACAAAUGACGGGGGGCAGGGACGCCCGCUGCCAGCAGGAAUUGACUCAGAAGGGGUCACAUACGAAACUUGAUUAACACUGUUGUGCUGUAGGAGAACGGUCACAAUUCAUUUGUGUUUGCCUCACAGAAACCAUUAGCAGAGAGCAGUAUAUCUGUAAGUUCACAUCUGAAGUGAUAACUGAACAAUAAAAACGUC